AUGACGCUCCACGACGAGGUGGGCUUGCCGGCGGGGUCCAGUGUUCUGCCUGACAUCCACGGUCGUUCGGUGGAGAUUGAGGAUAUGGACUGGAACGAAGAGCUGCAGGCCUUUACGUACGAGUGUCCGUGUGGCGACCUGUUCCAGAUUUCCAUGGAGGAGCUGGAGGCCGGUGAAGAGAUCGCGCACUGUCCGUCCUGCUCCCUGUACGUGCGAGUCAUCUACGACCCAGAGGACUUUAGCCAGAAGGCCUCCCUUCCUGGCCCGGAACCCAUCCUCGUCGCCUGA